AUCAUGUGGGUCAGGUGGGAAAGCGACAUUUUUGUAUUGUUGUUGAAACCAAAAAGAAAGGUGUUCCUCAUGAGUAUGAUCUUUUUCGUUAUUCUUAUGGUUACUUCUAUUUUGAAAAUUACGAGAACAAAUGGAUGAAGGAAAUAGAGGAGAGGGAACAUGUUUAUUACAUAGCAGAAGUGGUGAAUUGGUAGCCAAAAGAAGAAGUGUCAAGAACUUGGUCAUCAGCAGCUGGUUUGCAGAGGAGUUGAUGUCUUAUUUUCUUUUGUACUCAUUUGUGUUCUUAAUUUCUGUCGUUAAUUGUUUUGCUAAAGAUAUCUUAGAGUUUAAGAGUUGCAUAACUGAUGAGCGAGGGGAUACUCUUGUAUCCGCAGGAUCCAGAUUCGAACUUGGAUUUUUUACGCCGUAUGGCAGCUCUGAUGGCAGAAGAUACUUGGGAAUAUGGUAUUACAAAUCAAAUCCAAGUACGGUUGUUUGGGUUGCCAAUCGAGACAGGCCACUUGCUGGUUCAGAUGGUGUCUUUAUGAUUGAGGAUGAUGGCAACCUCAAAGUAUAUAAUGGAAAUCAGAAUGUUUAUUGGUCAACAAACAUUGGAAGUUCUGUACUCGAUCACAGGACCCUGAAGCUAAUGGAUAAUGGAAAUCUGGUUUUGAGCUAUGUAGAUCAGGAAGACUUGUCUGAGCACAUCCUCUGGCAGAGUUUUGAUUACCCAACUGAUACAUUUCUUCCUGGCAUGGUAAUGGAUGAUAACUUAGUGCUGACUUCAUGGAAGAGCUAUGAUGAUCCGGCUCAAGGGAACUUCACUUUUCAGCUAGAUCAAGAUGGAAGUCAAUAUGUCAUUUGGAAGAGAUCAGUUAAAUACUGGAAAAGUGGAGUUUCAGGUAAGUUUAUUACCACUGAUAAGAUGCCUGCUGCAUUGUUAUACCUUUUGUCAAAUUUCUCAUCGAAAACUGUCCCAAACUUCUCCGUGCCACAUCUUACAUCAUCAUUGUAUAGUGAUACAAGGUUAGUAUUGAACAGCACAGGUCAGCUUCUAUAUCUAAACUGGGAUGAUCACAAAGUUUGGUCUCAGAUUUGGGUAGAGCCGAGGGAUAGAUGCAGUGUGUAUAAUGCGUGUGGCGAUUUUGCUAGCUGUAAUAGUGAGGGUGGUAUGGCUUGCAAAUGCCUGCCUGGUUUUGAGCCCACCUCUCUAGAGAGUUGGAAUCUUGGAGAUUAUUCUGGUGGAUGCAUCAGGAAAUCACCAAUAUGCAGUGUCGACAAUGAAAGUGACACUUUUUUGAGUCUAAAGAUGAUGAAAGCUGGAAACCCAGACUUCCAGUUUAAUGCAAAGGAUGUCUUUGAUUGCAAAUUGGAGUGCCUUAACAACUGCCGGUGUCAGGCUUACUCAUAUUUUGAAGCUAAUAUCACUGGACAGGGUGGGAUUGAUAAUUCUGCUUGUUGGAUUUGGUCUGGAGAUCUCAACAAUCUUCAGGAUGAAUUUGAUAAUGGCCGUGACCUCAACGUUCGAGUAGCAGUUCGAGAUCUAGAGUUGACUGUCAGAAAUUGUGGAACAUGUGGCACAAACCUCAUUCCUUAUCCGCUUAGCACAGGACCUGAAUGUGGUGACCCAAUGUACUUCAAUUUUAACUGCAAUGUGGCUACUGGCCAGGUUAACUUUGAAGCAGCAGGUGGAACGUACAAGGUUAAAUUCAUUGAUUCAGAAGCGCGGAAAUUUAUCAUUCAAACCAAGGAAGCUGGUGAUUGUGGUGAUAAAAAUUGGAUAAACAAAGCCCUUCAGCUGAACCAGUCAUCUCCUUUCCAUGUAACCAGCUGGUGCAACUUUAAGGAGACCAAUCCAGAGAUUUUUUCUCUGAAAACCAGCAAUGAAGUUGAAAUCGGUUGGGAGCCUCCAUUAGAGCCAACUUGUUCUUCAACUACAGACUGCAAAGACUGGCCUUACUCAACUUGCAACAUGAGUAAAGAUGGAAAGAAAAGAUGCCUUUGCAUUACAAACUUCCAUUGGAACGGCUGGAGCUUGAAUUGCACUACAGAUCACAACAAAGAAAAGGAUGGAAGAGGCAAAACGAGCUUCUCUGUGAUUAUUGUUGCAACAACCAUAUGUAUAGUCCUUCUGAUUAUUCUCUCAUGUACUGUGUUUUAUAUUUACUUCUCCAAAACUGGGCUCAUUGAAAGACAAGAAAGCAGGGGAAACAGCCAAAAAGAUCUAAUACUUCACUUGUAUGACAACGAGAGACGUGUCAAAGACAUGAUUGAAUCGGGUCGGUUCAAGGAAGAUGAUACAAAUGGAAUAGACAUUCCAUUUUUUGAUUUGGAAACAAUUCUAAUUGCGACAGGGAAUUUCUCAAAUGCAAAUAAGCUUGGACAGGGAGGUUUUGGGCCAGUUUACAAGGGCAAGUUUCCUAGUGGGCAAGAGAUUGCUGUAAAGAGGCUCUCGAGAGGUUCAGGACAAGGCUUUGAGGAGUUUAAGAACGAGGUUUUAUUAAUUGCGAAACUUCAGCAUCGAAAUCUCGUUAGACUUUUGGGCUACUGUGUUGAAGGAGAUGAAAAGAUGUUGCUUUAUGAAUACAUGCCAAACAAAAGCUUAGACGCCUUUAUAUUCGAUCAAAAGCUGAGUGUGGCAUUGGAUUGGGACGUGCGCUUCAAUGUCAUUUUGGGAAUCGCUCGUGGCCUUCUUUAUCUACAUCAAGAUUCGAGGUUGAGGAUUAUUCAUAGAGAUUUGAAGACGAGCAACAUUCUUCUAGAUGAGGAGAUGAAUCCCAAAAUAUCUGACUUUGGCUUGGCGAGGAUAUUUGGAGGGAAAGAAACUGCGACGAAUACCAGAAGGGUGGUAGGGACUUAUGGUUACAUGUCACCGGAAUACGCAUUGGACGGCAUAUUUUCUGUAAAAUCUGAUGUCUUUAGCUUCGGUGUAGUCGUAGUCGAGAUCAUUAGUGGAAAAAGGAACACAGGAUUCUAUCACUCAGAGAAAGCUUUGAGUCUUCUAGGCUAUGCUUGGGAUUUAUGGAUGAAAGACGAAGGCUUGGAAUUAAUGGAGCCAACACUGAGUGAGAAUUGCAAAAGAGAAGAAUAUUUGAAAUGUUUAAACGUGGGGCUGUUGUGCGUGCAGGAAGAUCCAUGGGAUCGACCCACCAUGUCAAAUGUGGUCUUCAUGCUCGGCAGCGAAACCGCAACUCUUCCAUCCCCGAAACCACCGGCAUUCGUCGUGCGGCGGUGCCCCUCAAGCAGAGCUUCUUCCUCCACCAAACCAGAAACUUUCUCCCAUAAUGAGUUGACAGUCACCUUACAAGAAGGUAGAUAGCAGAAAGGAAGGUCCUUUCCAUAUGAUUUAUGAAUAUUAUUGAUGUUGAACUUCACAUUUAUUCAUAUUAUAUAUCUGCUGAUUUAUGCUAUUUGAUAUUUAGAAUGUACUUUCCAGUUUAACUUGUUGAGAUGAUCGUUGAAGAGAAUAACAAAUUAAUGUGAUGUUAA